AUGCAGUUGGGUGUUGCAGUCCAAUGUCUCAGUACUUUGCCAAUGUUCGGUCUUCCGGUUUCCCCCGAGCAAUGGGUUGAGGGGCUUGACAAACGCUGGACUGCCUUUGGAUUGCAGGUUCAAAUGUCUGGGUGCCACCACAACUUUGGGCUCUAUGUGGAUGAUAUGAUAUUCUUUUCCUCCGAUGGCCAGGCUGACAAUGUCUCUGUUGAGAAUGGCAAAAUAGUUGCUGCAGACGAACCUGCCAAGAUUGACGAACUGGGCACAUGUUUCGGGAAAAAACAAGGAAGCAGAGGAAAGGAAGACUCCCCAGUCAUGGAUGUCGUCCUGGAGGAGCUUCGGCAAGUGAAGCCAAAACGUCGCCAAUUGUCAGCGACAAACGUGUGCCGAAAUCGCCGCAUGUCCAACAAGACACAGAAAUAA